AUGUCUGUGGCGACAGCCGCAAAUCCGGCCAACAUCUGUGCAAUGGAUAGGGUUUCCUACUGCUGCGUAUGGAAGGAGGGGCGCGUUAUCUACAAAUACAGCGUCGGCAACCACGAGAUCGACAACAUGGCCGCCUUGUGCUUGGAAUCCAUCCCUCCUUACCACAGAUCCUACUCCCAAACCAUUGCUUCUUACACUUUCUCCUUCUUAAUCGACGACGCCUUCGUCUACUUCGCUAUUCUGCGCCGCCACUCUCUCACCAACUCCCAUCUCCUUGCCUUCCUUCAAAGCUUGAGGGAUGAAUUCACCAAUAUUGCCACUCCUAAGACUCUCGACGACCACUUUGCGCCCGUCGUCCGUCGCCUGGUGGCUUCCUUAGAGGCCGCAACUGCCACGCCGUGGCCGGCCAUGAAUGGGGCCGCCGCAGAAGCUGGUACUUCCACCAAAGCCCCUCUCCUAGCAAGGCCUUGCAAACAAGACAAGAAGAAGAAGAUCAAGGAUGAUGCGGCUGUUGCCAGGGAUAUUGAGACGCCGGAGCACAGGCGAUCCACGGACUCCGACGCGUCUUCGAGGAUCAAGUCCAGCACCCAGAAUCUGAGAGACAAGUGGUGCCGCCAAGUGAGGAUUGUUCUUGCCAUCGAUGCUGCAGUCUGCCUUCUUCUACUUGUAAUUUGGUUAGUUAUAUGCCAUGGUAUAGAGUGCAUUCGUUGA